GACGUCCCGGUAUAUAAGCGAGUCAUCAGUUUGAUUGACCAACACUAUAUGCGGGUCAAUCUCCUCUCUCUGCUCAUAUUUGCCUCUAUCGUUGGUUGCGUAACGAUCCAGGAUGGCGCACAGUUUUCAGAACAACCUUUCGACUACCUCGUCAUUGGCGCGGGCACGGCGGGAUUGGUCGUAGCAACGAGACUGAGUGAAGACCCUUCUGUCAGAGUCGGCGUGCUCGAAACGGGGGAGACAGCGAAGAAUGUGGAUAUCAUCGACGUCCCGGGAUUGUAUGGCGCGGACUUGGGCACGCAAUACGACUGGAAUUACACAACGCAGGCCAAGGGUGAUAUCAAGAGUAUAAACUGGCCGCGCGGAAAGGUUGUGGGAGGCACCUCUGCUCUCAACUUCCUUGUUUGGGACCUUCCCUCUGCGGCGGACUUCGAUGCAUUCGAACGCCUUGGCAAUCCGGGUUGGAACUGGGACAGCAUCUCUUCGUACGCGAAGAAGGCCUCUAACUUCACCUCGCUCGCGCCAGAAGAGGCUGAAGCGUUGGGCGUCCAACCUAGCGCGUCAGACUACGGCACCGACGGUCCCGUGCACGUCUCGUUCGGCGACUACUUCUGGCCGGUUACCAACCUUUGGGUCGCUGCGCUAAACGCUUUGGGUAUCCCCACUAACAAUCGACCCAACGGUGGAAACAUCGUAGGGGUAAACCUUACCCCGUCGAACAUCCGACCCGACAACAUGACGCGCGACUACAGUGCACCCGCCCGCUACUAUCCUAACGAGGCGCGCGAGAACCUGAUACUCCUUACUGGCGCUCUGGUGAACCGCGUAAAUUUUGACAGCCCAGGCGCCGAGCAAGGGCUUGUGGCGAAGACGGUGACAUACGUGAACGGGGGGCAGGUUUACAAUGUAACUGUCGAACGAGAAGUCAUCCUUUGCGCUGGUGCAAUCAACACGCCACAGAUCCUUGAGCUGUCGGGCAUCGGCCAGAGAGAUGUUUUAGCAGCGGCGGGCGUCGAGCAAAUUUUGGACUUACCCGUCGGUGAAAACCUACAAGACCACACCGUCGUAUACAUAACCUACGAAAUCCGGAACGACACCGUCACAAGUGGCGCACUUGCUACCAACGCGACGCUGGCUGCAGAGCAGCUCGCUUUGUGGCACCAACACCAGCUCAGCAUGUACGACCUCGGCCCGCGCGGUAUCGCCUACCUUAACCUUCCUCAAUUGGUUGGCGAAGGUCGUGCAGCGAAGAUAUCAGCGAAAGUGGAGGCAUAUGCGAAGUCCCAGAACGGCUCUAUCUACGCAGACGUUCUGGCUACCCAUGUGGAGCUUUUGAGGAAUGAGUCAGUGGGCCAAAUAGAACUCAUCACGAGCGAUACCGCUGGUACCUACAAGGCAGAGGAGGGGAAGACGUACAUGUCCUUCUUGAUCGCGAACCAGCAUCCCUUGAGUCGAGGUUCUGUUCACAUCAACAGCAGCGACCCGACCGUCUACCCUACGAUCAAGCCCAACUAUUUCGAUGUCGACUUCGACCUGGACCUGCAUGCCGCAGGGGUUCGAUGGGCGCUCAACAUAGCAAAGGGGAACGUAUAUGCGAACCUGACCAUGAAGCAGCUUCUGCCCGCGAAAGGCGAGGAUCUUCGCGAGUACGUCAAGGCGCAGCUGUCCUCAGAAUAUCACCCCAUCGGCACAGCCAGCAUGCUGCCUCACGGACGAGGCGGUGUUGUCGAUCCUCAGUUGCGCAUAUAUGGAACGACGAACCUGCGUAUUGUCGACGCAUCCGUGAUCCCUUUGCACGUCUCCGCACACCUUCAAGCAACGGUGACGGGUAUCGCGGAGCGGGCGGUCGACUUGAUCAAGGGCACGGCAUGAUAAGCGAGGUCCAACGCUGUUUAGAUUUUGAAGAGUGGAUGAACGAGAGCAUGGUACCUAGUUUUUGUCUAUUGCGUUGUCUAGUGGCAAGAUACGACCCAGCCAUCGUGACAUUCAA